CGUAAGGAUGUGAUUUCGCCACGUUUCUCGUUCUUUUUCCACUGUAAACUCCUAACGUCCCAGCCCAACACCGCCGUUGGGGGAGUCGGCGACCCACAUUCACCCUAGGGUUUCCCCUGAUUCAAUCCAUUCAAGUCGCCGACGGUAAAGGUUCAAUUCGUCGGCGGAGCAAAAUCAUCUUAUCCUUACGUUCUCAACGAUGGCCUCGAAGCUUCUAGACGCCGUUUUCCGAGGCAGAUAUGUUAAGCCCGCCUCCAUUCUCCGCCCUCUUUCUACCUCCGCGGCGGCUGCGAAGGUAGAACCGUACGAGGAAGUUUCCGGCGGGAUCACCAUGAAAGGAGUGAAGAUCGCCGGAAGACCUCUGUACCUGGAUAUGCAGGCCACGUCUCCGGUGGACCCACGCGUGCUUGACGCCAUGCUCCCUUAUUACAUCUCGCGCUACGGAAACCCUCACUCUCGGACUCAUCUCUACGGCUGGGAAUCGGACGAUGCCGUCGAGAAGGCCCGCGCCCAUGUUGCGGCCCUAAUUAAUGCUUCCCCUAAAGAGAUCAUCUUCACUUCCGGUGCCACAGAGUCCAAUAACAUCUCCGUCAAAGGAGUCAUGCAUUUCUACAGGGAGAAGAAGCGACACGUCAUCACCACACAGACUGAGCACAAGUGUGUUCUUGAUUCCUGCCGUUACCUGCAGCAAGAAGGCUUCGAUGUCACCUACCUCCCGGUAAGCUCUGAUGGGCUUAUUGACCUAGAGAAGCUCAGGGCCGCAAUCCGGCCGGAUACAGGUCUCAUUUCUGUGAUGAUGGUGAACAAUGAGAUUGGGGUCAUCCAGCCAAUGGAGGAAAUUGGAAAAAUCUGCAAAGAAUUCAAUGUUCCUUUCCACACCGAUGCAGCACAAGCUCUGGGGAAGAUUCCAAUCGACGUGGAUAAGAUGAAUGUGAGUUUGAUGUCGCUUAGUGGGCACAAAAUCUAUGGGCCCAAAGGAGUUGGGGCUCUAUACAUGAGGCGUAGACCGAGGAUUCGGGUCGAGGCCCAAAUGAAUGGAGGGGGGCAAGAGAGAGGGAUAAGGAGUGGAACAGUGCCGACCCCAUUGGUGGUGGGGUUUGGAGCUGCCUGUGAGGUGGCCAUGAAGGAAAUGGAGUAUGAUGACAAGUGGAUCAAGGGUUUGAAUGAGAGGUUGUUGAAUGGGAUAAAGUCCAAGCUUGAAGGAGUUGUGGUGAACGGAAGUGAGGAAAGGCGCUAUUCUGGGAACUUGAAUCUCUCAUUUGCUUAUGUGGAAGGGGAGAGUUUGUUGAUGGGGUUGAAGGAGGUUGCGGUGUCAAGUGGUAGUGCUUGUACAAGUGCCAGCUUGGAGCCCUCUUAUGUUCUAAGGGCAUUGGGUGUGGAAGAGGACAUGGCCCACACCUCGAUUAGAUACGGGAUUGGGAGGUUCACUACCGAGGAAGAGAUUGAUAGGGCCGUAGAGCUUACGGUGCACCAAGUUGAGAAGUUGAGGGAAUUGAGUCCUCUUUAUGAAAUGGUUAAGGAGGGUAUUGACAUUAAGAGCAUCCAAUGGGCUCAACACUAGUCCUUUUUGCAUUUCUGCUCUCAAUCAACAUGCCAGAUUGAACACGCAGAAGCUACGAACAGGACUCCCGAGGAGUUUUUUACCUUUGAAAACCCCCCAGAUUUCUUUGUGUGAUGGCUUGAUGUCGAUCUAGAUGCGAAAGGAGGAGUCCUAGGAAGAGAAAAGAUAAAGCAGUUGAAGCUGGGUUUGCUUGAUCUUCUUUGUGGAGGGCUAUAGUCCAAAAAGAUCUUCAAACGAUCAGUUAAGAAAAGCCUCUUUGUUAAUGUGUUUUGUGUAGGUCAAACUCAAAUAAAUUGAGUACGUGAUUUAUGCCGUUUGUGAAAGGAAAAAAAAAAAUUAUUUGUGUUUGAAUUUGGUGUACUGUUGAAGAUGAAUUACUCUAAUUUCGAUUUAUACUCGCCUAUCAAUUUUGAAGGUCCUGUGCAAUUUUUUAGGCCCUGAAGCUAAAAAUUACGGAGUAUACUUUGUAGUUUGUACUACUACUGUACUACCUUU